UUCCCCGCCAAACUCGCCCCGUAGCCCGCGUUGGCCCGCGCCGCGCCCCCGCCCGCCGUUGCCCGGAGCCUGUGCCUGUUGCCUCCAGACGGCGAUGGCGCAGCACGGCCCGGCGGCGGCGAUGGCGGAGCGGGACCCGGCGGCGGUGCCGCUGCCACAGCUCCGGGCGCAGACGCAGGAGGAGAGCCACGCCAACGCCCUGCUGCGCACCGAGGCGGAGCUGCUGGAGAAGCGCUGCCGGCAGCUGGAGCCGUGCAGCCCGUCCCACCCGCUGCUGCCCCAGGCGCCCAGUGCCGUGCCGCAGCCCCUGCAGACACGUGGCAGGUACAAAUCCAGGUUUCGAGGGUCGACAGACUAUUUUACAGGCCUGCCAGUGGAGCAGAAAUGUGAGCUGGCCGAGCGGGAGCUGACUGAGAUGAAGAAGGCCAUUCAGAAGAUGAAGGAGGACUUGGAGAAGACUUUGCAGAGCCUCGAGGCAGUCAUUGAAGAUAUUUGGUGGGCUGAUGUCAAUAAAGCCACCAGUGACUUUGAGAAGGACAUCAUUGGCACCAUCUCCAGCAAGGAAGGGAGUAUCACAGCUGGGGAGAAGUUGCUGAGAUACAUGGAGCAGAAGAACCACCAGCGGAAUCGGCUGAGAGAGAAGCUGCUCUUUAAAAAUAUUUUGCUGAAGGAUUACAAGAAGCAGCUGCAGCAGCAGCUCAGGCAGGAGGAGGAGACAAGAGAGACGUUCUCUGAGUUCCAUUUGCAGCAGCUGCAGGUUCGAAACGCCCAGUACCGGCAGCAGAUGGAAAAGAAGAAUGAGGAGAUGCUGCAGCUUAAACUGGCUGCAGGGAACACCAUCCAAGUCUUCAACUUGUAUAAAAGGAAGCUGCAGGAUGCCAUGGCAACAUCCGUGCCUCUGAUGAAAGACAUCUCCCAGAAAAAGGAACUGCUGUGGAAAGUGGAAAGAGCAGCUGCUCGGGUGGAGAAGCAACGAGCCAAAGCCGAGAGGGUGAAUCAGCAGCUGCAGAGGCAGCUCUCGGACUACGUGGCCCCCUCGGUGCUGAGCUAUGUGCAGAAGAAGAUGGUUGUUGCUGACCUGGAGAACAGCCUCAAGGAUUGGGAGAGGAAGGUGUCUAUUGCUGAGAUGUCCUUGAGAAACUACCGCAGAGCAUGGAAGCAGGUCAAGCUGUUCAGGCUUGUGUGAUGCUGCAAGGUGGGCAGUGGAAGCUGCAGAAGGAGGCAGCCUUUUGGGGAAGUUUGCUGUCAGGGAGAUGGAUAUGGCACCCUGCAAGCUGCAGUGAGAUGAAACCACUUCUGAAUGACAUGAUAAAGAAACCCAUGGCUCUGUUGUGAAGCCAUCUCCUUGGUCUGUCCCAGCAUGUGCUGUCUUCCACCAGGCUCUGCUGCCUGGCCCUCUGCAGGCUCUGCUCUGGGUGCUCUCCCUUCCCUCAGCACCACAAGUUGCUGUUCUCUGCUGAUCAAAUCUGAAAUGUUCAGGUGUCUCUCUGGGUAAGCCCUGGUCAUCACUUAGUGCAGGAGGAACCAGAGGGGAUUCCCUGGCAGAUCUGCAGCAUCUCUGAGCGUGCACCAAUGACAGAAGAGUGGAGCACUGGGAGCUUAUAGGGCAAAGGAUUUCAUGAGCCAAGCAGGCUCCCUGGCUGCAAAAGGCUACACCAUUUACCUAACAAAACAGAACAGCAAGAAGGGAGCAGCUACCCCUUUCCCAAAUACUUGGAGCAUCCUCAGAAAGUCACUGCAGCACUUUGCCUGGCCUCCUAAAAACAGGGGUAGGGGCUUCUUCCUCCCAGGACAAGCCCUGUUCUCCUCCCUCCCACUGAGGCUGUUGGCAGGAGGGAGUGGGAAGGUGGAACUGGGGGUUACCUAGGGUGGGAUGGAUCCAGCCUG